GAAUAAGAAUAAGAAGAAGAAAGUUUUAAUUGGUCAGAGCCUUUCAUCAUAAUCAAUCAUCGUCCAAACCCAAACGAGAGCAAUUCUCUGGUUUCAAUUUCUGUCUCUUCUCUCUUUACUCUCCACUAAUUUUGGUUUUCUUUCUAUGAUUCCCUGUUUUUUUCUUUGGGUUGUGAACUCUGUCUGCUACAGAACAGAAGCAUGUGAUUUUCUUUAAGGAAUGUCUUGUUUUGUCACUGAUUUCUUUCUAUUUAUUUCGUAUAAAAUUGUUUCCUAAUUUGCUCAAAGAGGGGAAAUUCCAAUUCACUGAACAAUCUCGUCGAAAUUGGCAUUAGUGAAUCGAGUAUCUGUUUUGAAUCCCAUUAAGAGCACUAGGGAUCCUCAACUCUUGAUGAUGUUCUAUAUCAAAAACGGAUGGAUUUAUCCAUCUCGUGUGGAAAGGUUUCUAACCCUAAUGGCUGCGAAAGCAAGCCAUCCGCAACAGUAGAACCUCAGAGAAGUCAGGUUGCUCCUGAUAAAGAAGAACAUGAUGAAUUGAACUCUUUGCUAUCGCCUCGAAAGGGUGGCAUGAAGAAGGAUCCGAAGAAGUCACGGCGAAAAGUGCAGUGGAAUGACAGGAACGGUAAUAAGCUUGUGGAAAUUUUGGAAUUCCAACCAAGUUAUUGUUCUCCAGCUUGUGGCCAUAAAGAUGGACAGUCCAAUCAGAAAAAAGAAGCAAUCUUUUGUCUCUGGCUUCAUUUUGUUUCUUUCCAGAAGGGGAGGUCAGACCAAUUUGAAGUUGCUGCACGGACAUUCUAAUUAUCAGAUUUCACUGGUGUGGAUCAACUCCUCGAAAUGAAAGCAGAUAUAAGGCAGUGAGAAUUCCCAAACAUGUAAUAUAUGUUUAAUAGACAUGCCUUUGUUCACGCACCAAAUACAAUCCUAUUGCACGAAGUGCCAAUACUCCAUGGUUUCUGUUCUAUUAUUUUUUUUUGUUGUGUGCUGAUGUUAGCUUGUAUAUUUCUUUGAAUUGUUUCCUGGGAAAAAUAUAGCAUCCCACCCUCAUUCUGAAAUUUGGGCA